CUCUAGUUAUCCUGCUGCUGUUUUACAUAUUCUAUGGCGUUAUGGUCAUCGGCAGGCGGAGCAGGGCUGCUGCAAAGCCUUGUGGGUCCUGUGACCCGCAGCAGGGAGAGGAGAGGAGCAGUCAGUGAGUAAUGAUGACAUGGACGUGGAUGAUGCUGUAAAACGCUUAGGUUAUGGCUGCAUCCGGGCGAGCGGGCAGGCGGGCGGACUGACUGACUGACUGACAGACAGAAAGAUCAGACAGACAGACAGACAGGAAAAUCAGACAGACAGACAGAGCGCCAGAAUGGCCAGACAGACAGACCGCCAGAAUGGCCAGACAGACAGACCGACCGUUAGAAUGUUUCUGAGGUCUAAAGUAGAAUUUCUAUUAAUCACUGGAAUUGUUGUUAUUGUUGUUGUUGUUGUUGUUGUUGUUGUCUCUCCCCCUCUUCCUAUAUCGCUCCUUCUCCUCCUCUCUUAAUCUCUCCCUUUAGCUCUCCCUUUCUCUCCCUCUCCCUCAGCUUUGAGACCAACCCUCCAAUCAACGACCCUCCCAUCACAGACGACCUUCCUGUCACCGACGACGACCUUCCCAAGAUGGCUUCCGACUCCGCUUCUGAUGACAGCAAGUUCCUGCGGCAGGACCAUGACUUCAGGAACAGUGGUGUGGGGCAGGCUGAUUGGUCGGCCAAGAAGAUGGUGUGGAUCCCGUCAGAGAAGGAGGGGUUUGAGGCCGCCAGCAUUAAGGAAGAGAAGGGAGACGAUGUAAGGCUGUUGCAUCUGAAAUGGCACCCUAUUCCCUAUAUAGUGCACUACUUUUCACCAGGACCCUAGUGCACUAUAUAGAAAAUCUUCCUCAUCCUUCUCCUCUUCCUCCUCUUCCUCCUCUUCCUCCUCUUCCUCAUCUUCCUCAUCUUCCUCCUCCUCCUCCUCCUCCUCUUCCUCUUCCUCUUCAUCCUCCUCAUCUUCCUCUUCCUCUUCCUCAUCCUCCUCAUCCUCCUCAUCUUCCUCCUCCUCCUCCUCCUCUCUCCUCCUCCUCCUCUUCCUCCUCCUCCUCAUCCUCUUCCUCCUCUUCCUCAUCCUCAUCCUCCUCUUCCUCCUCCUCCUCCUCUCUCCUCCUCUCCAGGUGCUGGUAGAGUUGGCUAAUGGUAGGAAAGCGACAGUCAACAAGGAUGAUAUCCAAAAGAUGAACCCUCCUAAGUUCAGUAAGGUGGAGGACAUGGCAGCUCUUACCUGUCUCAACGAGGCCUCUCUCCUCCACAACCUCAGAGAGAGGUACUUCUCCAGCCUAAUCUACGUGAGUACGCUCUUAGAAAAAAGGGUUCCAAAAGGGUCCCCAUAGGAUAACCCUUUUUGGUUUCAGGGAGUAGCCUUUUUGGUUUCAGGGAGAAGCCUUUUUGGUUCCAUGUAGAACCCUUUUGUGUUCCAUGUAGAAUCCACUGUGGAAAGGGUCCUAAAUGGAACCCAAAAGGGUUCUCCCUGGAACCAAAAGGGUUCUCCUAUGGGGACAGCCAAAGAACCCUUUUAGGUUCUAGAUAGCAUUUUUUUUGUACCUUUUACUGCAGUGGGCUAAAUCAGGCUCACACAGAGUGUUUCUUAGUAGUCUUCAACAAAUCUACUUUGAAACAAAAGUAAACACCUCACACACAUGGUUAUGGCCUUAAAAAAAGAAGACACCUGUACCAUGUCAGAUACAGAGUUGAAAUGGAUUUUGCAUCCCAAUAUUACACUUUGUAUACAUCGCAGAAGACUGAAAUAUAACAAAACCGUUUGACAUAGAAACACAGAAUUCUCAGCGGGUUUUUAUAAAUAAUGUUUAUAAAAUUAUGAAAAUAUAAAAAAUAUUAAUAACAUUGCACCCAUGAGGCCACUAGAGGGUGAUUUGGUAAUUUGACUGCAGGAAAGGCAUACGAGUGUAUAGACAAUACCCGUAUAGACACACACACACACACACAUACACAGGCAUGCACACACACACACACACACACACAGGUACAUACAUGCACGCACGUGCACACAUAAUACACACACAGACACACACACACACACACACACAAAUGAUGUUAAUGGGCAAUUUGUGCUGAAGUUUUUAACAUGUGUACGGAACAAAAAUUAUAAUCCUCCUCCUCUUCCUCUUCCUCUUCAUCCUCCUCUCCUCCCCCCUCCUCUCCUCCUCUUCCUCUCCUCUCCUCUCCUCCUCUCCUCCUCCUCCUCCUCCUCCUCUCUUCCUCCUCCUCUCCUUUCCUCUCCUCUCCUCUCCUCCCCCUCCUCUCCUCUCCUCCCCCUCCUCUCCUCUCCUCCCCCUCCAAUCCUCUCCUCUCCAGACGUAUUCAGGUCUGUUCUGUGUGGUGGUGAACCCCUAUAAGAUGCUUCCUAUCUACUCAGAGAAGAUCAUUGAGAUUUAUAAGGGGAAGAAACGUCACGAGGUUCCUCCUCAUAUCUACUCCAUCACUGAUAACGCUUACAGGAACAUGAUGCAAGGUAAAGGGGAGAGAGAGAGAGAGGGGGGGGGGCAUAUCAUUUAAUGAAUGUUAUAGAAAUAGGACAAUACAGUAUGUUUAACUGAGGACAGGCGAUGCAGCAUUGAAUGUCUGGAGAUAUCUGGCUGUCUGGUCUAGCAGUGGCUUUAACCUCAAACCAAGGCUGUGUCCCAAAUGGUAGCCUGCUAUUCCCUAUAUAGUGCACUACUUUUCCCCAGGGCACAUCAAAUCAAAUCAAAUUGUAUUUGUCACAUGCUUCGUGAACAGCAGGUGUAGACUAACAGUGACAUGCUUACUAACGUCCCCAACAGUGCAGAGAGAAGAUGAGAUUAAAAUACAUAAUUAUUAAUAAUAUAAAAAUAAUAACACAAGGAAUACAUACACAAUGAGUAACGAUAACUUGGCUAUAUACACUGGGUACCAGUACUGAGUCGAUGUGCAGGGGUACGAGGUAAUGUAGGUAGAUAUGUACAUAUAGGUAGGGGUAAAGUGACUAGGCAACAGGCUAUAUAUUAAAUAGUAACAGCAGCGGAUGUGUGUGUGUGUGUGUGUGUGUGUCUGUGUUGGAGUGUCAGUGUAAGUAUGUGUGAGUGUGUGGGUAGAGUCCUGUGUGUGUGCAUAGAGUCAAAAUAGUUAGUGUAAAAAGUGUCAAUGCAGAUAGUCCGGGGUAGCUAUUUGGUUAACUAUUUAACUAACUAUUUAGCAGUCUAAUGGCUUGGGGGUAGAAGCUGUUCAGGGUCCUGUUGGUUCCUACUUGGUGCAUCAGUACCGCUUGCCGUGAGGUAGCAGAGAGAACAGUCUAUGACUAGGGUGGCUGGAGUCUUUGACAAUUUGUAGGUCCUUCCUCUGACACCCGCCUGGUAUAGAGGUCCUGGAUGGCAGGGAGCUCUGCCCCAGUGAUGUACUGGGACGUACGCACUAUAGUCUUAGAAAAAAAGGUGCUAUUUAGAACCUAAAAGGGUUCUUCGGCUGUCUCUAUAAGAGAACCCUUUAAAGAACCCUUUUUGGUUCCAGAUAGAACCCUUUUGGUUCCAGAUAGAACCCUUUCCACAGAGGGUACUACAUGGAACCCAAAAGGGUUCUACCUGGAACCAAAAAGGGUUCUCCUAUGGGGACAGCCGAAGAACCCUUUUGGAACCCUUUUUUCUAAGAGUGUAUUCUCUAUAUAAUGCCCAGUGCCUAAAGUAGUGCAUUAUAUAGGGAACAGGAUGCCAUUUCAGACGCAAUCCAAUUCUUUCUUGUCCAGUUUCCACCAAUCAGAAGGGGGUCAUCUCCAAAAUACCCAUACAUGGAGUGUGUGUGUGUGUUAAGGUGUGUGUGUUUGUGUUUCAAAAUACCCAUACAUGGAGCAGGUUACCAAGGUUACCUUCCUCCAGUAGCCCUCUCCAUCCUCCUGCUAUUUUUAGCCAAUAAUGAGUGACAGAGAAGUUAAUCUCUUGCAAAAAUAGAUUUAGGAAGAUUUAGGAAGCUGUUCCUAGCCUCUGGCUAGUCUUUCCUCUAUGUGUGAGUGAGCAGAGUACCGCCCUAAAGUUCAUGUUUGGUGUGUUCAGCUUGGCUUCAACUGUCCUGCCUUAACCCAUCUCUCUCCCUCUGUUUCCCUUCUCUCCUUCAAUCUCUUUCUCUCUCCCUCUCCCCCCUCUCUCUCGCUCUCCCUCCCACUUCCUCACCCUCCCUCACCCUCUCUCCAUCUCCCUCCUUCCCUAUCUCUCCCCCCCCUCCUCUCUCUCUCCCUCCCUCCCUCUCCCCCUCCCUCCCUCCCUCCCUCCCUUUCUCUCUGUCUUUCUCCAUAGACCGUGAGGACCAGUCCAUUCUGUGCACGUGAGUCCAAACCUCAAACACAGACAUACCUUUUCCAACACAUUAACUUGUUGCCCCUUGCACCAUGGCUGCGUCCCAAAUGUCACCUUAUUCCCGUGACCUUGGGACUAUAAGGUUCUAUCUGCGCAAAGCAUCAACGUUUUCACAUCUCAGAACUGUUUUGUACACUCUUAGAAAGAAGGGUUCCAAAAGGGUUAUUCGGCUGUCCCCAUAUGAGAACCCUUUUUGGUUCCAGGUAGAACCCUGUUUGUUUCCAGGUAGAACCCUUUUGGAUUCCAUGUAGAACCCUCUGUGGAAAGGGUUUUACAUGGAACCCAAAGGGUUCUACCUGGAACCAAAAAGGGUUCUUCAAAGGGUUGUCCUAUUGGGGACAGCUGAAGAACCCUGUUAGGUUCUGGAUAUAACCUUUUUUUCUAAGAGUGUAGUGAAUUCUUCUUUCAUAACUGAUUAAGGUCCUCACCUUAAAAGUGCAGAGUACCAAAAUCUUGAGACAUUUCUAAAUCAGUUUUUUUAGCGGGGUGCAAUCGCAGAUAGAACCUUAUGGUUCUGAAAUGUCAAUCUGGGUUCAGCCAUAAGGUUCUAUCUGACACUUAUGAAUUAGACAGAGGUGAGUCUGGACCCCUGUCCUUCUCCUCUCCUCUUUAAACCCCCUGUCCCUCUCCUCUCCUCUCUAACCACCUGUCCCUCUCCUCUCUAACCCCCUGUCCCUCUCCUCUCUAACCCCCUGUCCCUCUCCUCUCCUCUCUAACCCCCUGUCCCUCUCCUCUCUAACCCCCUGUCCCUCUCCUCUCUAACCCCCUGUACCUCUCCUCUCCUCUCUAACCCCCUAUCCCUCUCCUCUCCUCUCUAACCCCCUAUCCCUCUCCUCUCCUCUCUAACCCCAUGUCCCUCUCCUCUCCUCUCUAACCCCCUAUCCCUCUCCUCUCUAACCCCCUGUCCCUCUCCUCUCUAACCACCUGUCCCUCUCCUCUCUAACCCCCUGUCCCUCUCCUCUCCUCUCUAACCCCCUGUCCCUCUCCUCUCCUCUCUAACCCCCUGUCCCUCUCCUCUCUAACCCCCCUGUCCCUCUCCUCUCUAACCCCCAUCUCUCUCCUCUCUAACCCCAUGUCCCUCUCCUCUCCUCUCUAACCCCCCUAUCCCUCUCCUCUCUAACCCCCCUGUCCCUCUCCUCUCUAACCCCCUGUCCCUCUCCUCUCUAACCCCCUGUCCCUCUCCUCUCUAACCCCCCCUGUCCCUCUCCUCUCUAACCCCCAUCUCUCUCCUCUCUAACCCCAUGUCCCUCUCCUCUCCUCUCUAACCCCCUAUCCCUCUCUAACCCCCUGUCCCUCUCCUCUCUAACCCCCUGUCCCUCUCCUCUCUAACCCACUGUCCCUCUCCUCUCUAACCCCCUGUCCCUGUCCCUCUCCUCUCUAACCCCCUGUCCCUCUCCUCUCUAACCCCCUGUCCCUCUCCUCUCUAACCCCCUGUCCCUCUCCUCUCUAACCCCCUGUCCCUCUCCUCUCUAACCCACUGUCCCUCUCCUCUCCUCUCUACCCAACCAGAGGUGAGUCAGGAGCGGGCAAGACAGAGAACACUAAGAAGGUGAUCCAGUAUCUAGCGGUGGUGGCUUCCUCUCACAAAGGCAGCAAGAAGGACCCUGGAGCUGUGAGUGUUACCUCUAGUGUACAAUACAAUAUGAUACACUACAAUACACUGGAGCUGUGUUACCUCUAGUGUACAAUACAAUAUGAUACACUACAAUACACUGGAGCUGUGUUACCUCUAGUGUACAAUACAAUAUGAUACACUACAAUACACUGGAUCUGUGUUACCUCUAGUGUACAAUACAAUAUGAUACACUACAAUACACUGGAGCUGUGAGUGUUACCUCUAGUGUACAAUACAAUAUGAUACACUACAAUACACUGGAGCUGUGUUACCUCUAGUGUACAAUACAAUAUGAUACACUACAAUACACUGGAGCUGUGUUACCUCUAGUGUACAAUACAAUAUGAUACACUACAAUACACUGGAUCUGUGUUACCUCUAGUGUACAAUACAAUAUGAUACACUACAAUACACUGGAGCUGUGAGUGUUACCUCUAGUGUACAAUACAAUAUGAUACACUACAAUACACUGGAGCUGUGUUACCUCUAGUGUACAAUACAAUAUGAUACACUACAAUACACUGGAGCUGUGAGUGUUACCUCUAGUGUACAAUACAAUAUGAUACACUACAAUACACUGGAUCUGUGUUACCUCUAGUGUACAAUACAAUAUGAUACACUACAAUACACUGGAGCUGUGAGUGUUACCUCUAGUGUACAAUACAAUAUGAUACACUACAAUACACUGGAGCUGUGUUACCUCUAGUGUACAAUACAAUAUGAUACACUACAAUACACUGGAUCUGUGUUACCUCUAGUGUACAAUACAAUAUGAUACACUACAAUACACUGGAGCUGUGUUACCUCUAGUGUACAAUACAAUAUGAUACACUACAAUACACUGGAGCUGUGAGUGUUACCUCUAGGGUUGCAAAAUACCGUUAACUUUCCUACAUUUCCCAGAAAUCCUGGAUGGAAGUUUCUUGGAAUCAGGAUGGAAUAAGCAGGAAAUCUGGGAAUCAUCCAACCGUGAUUUCUGGAAAACCUGGGAAUUUAGGGAAAGUUACUGGAAUCUUUGCAACCCUACCUCUACUGUACUCUCCUAAACACAUUCAAAACAAUACAAUGGAACUUCUUUAAUCCCUCAGAGGAUAGCAGCAGAUAUUGAGUUGAUGGAAAUUGAACGGAAAUGUCAAAACUGUGUAACCCUUUUGUUUUAAAUGAAAUUGAGAUGAGUACUCAUGAGUGACUGUACUUUUAUCAAUGUGAUAACCAUUUUUUUUUUUAAACAAUUAAAUACAUUUCUGUGUGACAUUUUUUGUGUGACAGGAUGCACCAACACUAGUCAAGGUAUGAAAAGUCUUACUGUCAUGAGGGCAAUACAGACUACUCUAACCUUAACUGACUGUGUGGUAGAAACUGCUGUUAGUCUGGUUGGUGGGCUGGUUUCUCUUCAGUUUGUGGUGUGCUGCUGGUGGUUUAGGCGUUAUGUCUUCUGCUCUCAAAAUCAAUACUGAUAGACCACCUCCCCCCUGUAGUUUUAUAUGAAUCAAUACUGAUAGCCAAUGAUCCAUACUCUAAGUCCUGCUAUUAGACCACCUCUAUAUUCAUGUUCUAUAUAUUCUAUGUUCCCCUUACCCAAUCACAGAGUAAGGAGAAAGACAGUUUAGGGUUCACAUAUCAGACACUACCUAUUCACCAAGGAUACAAUUACAUUAGAACAAGAACAAGAACAAUAAAAAUGUAAUAAAAAAAUAGCUAGUGAUAAUAAAGAAGAAUAGAAGAAUACUUUAUUGUUUAUCAUUAAUAAUACGUUAUGCCAGGUUAUGAUAUAUUAUGCCAGGUUAUGAUAUAUUAUGCCAGGUUAUGAUAUAUUAUGCCAGGUUAUGCCAGGUUUCAUUUACAACUGCGACCUGGCCAAGAUAAAGCAAAGCAGUGCGAUAAAAACAACAACACAGAGUUACAUAUGGGGUAAACAAAACAUAAAGUCGAAAAUACAACAGAAAGUAUAUAUACAGUGUGUGCGAAUGUAGUAAAUUAUGGAGGUAAGGCAAUAAAUAGGCCAUAGUGCAAAAUAGUUACAAUUUCGUAUUAACACUGGAAUGAUAGAUGUGCAAACGAUGAUGUGCAAAUAGAGAUACUGGGGUGCAAAUUAGCUAAAUAAAUAACAAUAUGGGGAUGAGGUAGUUGGAUGGGCUUAUUACAGAUGGGCUGUGUACAGGUGCAGUGAUCGGUAAGCUGCUCUGACAACUGACGCCUAAAGUUAGUGAGGGAGAUAAGAGUCUCCAGCUUCAGAGAUUUUUGCAGUUCGUUCCAGUCAUUGGCACCAGAGAACUGGAAGGAAUGGUGGCCAAAGGAGGUGUUGGCUUUGGGGAUGAUACAUUAUGCCAGGUAUGCCAGGUUAUGAUACAUUAUGCCAGGUUAUGCCAGGUUAUGCCAGGUUAUGAUACGUUAUGCCAGGUUAUAAUACGUUAUGCCAGGUUAUGCCAGGUUAUGAUACAUUAUGCCAGGUUAUGAUACGUUAUGACAGGUUAUGCCAGGUUAUAAUACAUUAUGCCAGGUUAUGCCAGGUUAUAAUGUUGUGCCAGGUUAUGCCAGGUUUAAUACGUUAUGCCAGGUUAUAAUACGUUAUGCCAGGUUAUAAUAUGUUGUGCCAGGUUAUGCCAGGUUAUGAUACGUUAUGCCAGGAUAUGCCAGGUUAUGAUACGUUAUGCCAGGUUAUGCCAGGUUAUGAUACGUUAUGCCAGGUUAUAAUAUGUUGUGCCAGGUUAUGCCAGGUUUAAUACGUUAUGCCAGGUUAUGCCAGGUUAUAAUACGUUAUGCCAGGUUAUAAUACGUUAUGCCAGGUUAUGAUACGUUAUGCCAGGUUAUGCCAGGUUAUGAUACGUUAUGCCAGGUUAUAAUACGUUAUGCCAGGUUAUAAUAUGUUGUGCCAGGUUAUGCCAGGUUAUGAUACGUAGUCUCCUGAGUGGCGCAGUGGUCUAAGGCAGUGGUCUAUGGUUCGAAUCCAGGCUCUGUCGCAGCCGGCCGCGACCGGGAGACUCAUGGGCGGCGCACAAUUGGCCCAGCGUCGUCCAGGGUAGGAGAGGGAAUGGCCGGCAGGGAUGUAGCUCAGUUGAUAGAGCAUGGCGUUUGCAACGCCAGGGUUGUGGGUUCGAUUCCCACGGGGGGCCAGUAUAAAAAAAUAUGUAUUCACUAACUGUAAGUCGCUCUGGAUAAGAGCGUCUGCUAAAAUGUAAAUGUAAUACGUUAUGCCAGGUUAUGAUACGUUAUGCCAGGUCAUAAUACAUUAUAAUAGGUUAUAAUGGUCACACCAUCCCUCUACCUCCCCUGUAGGAGAAGCCAGAGAAGCCUGGGUCUCUGGCCUAUGUGAGUAUGAGAGUAGCACCCUAUUCCCUAUUUAGUGCACUACUUUUGACCACCACCUAUAGAGGUCUAGUAAAAUAAGUGCACUACAUAUGUAAUACGGUGCCAUUUGGGACGUAGCCACAGUGAGUUCAUAGCUGCAUGCUAGCUAGCGUGUCACACCUACAUUAGAUUAAAUGAUAUUUUCAAUCUCUUCUCUCCUCUCCUAUAGCAUGGGAACACUAUUAACUGUUGAUGACAUCUCUGUGUGUGUUAGAAAGUAUAGGCCUGUAUGACGUUUAAAAUAGUGUGUGAAACAUUCAAAAAUCACCCCAUAAUAAUAUUUUCACUAAUAUCUCCGAGCUGUUUCUAUGCUACGUCUCACUGACUGUGCUUUGCUCUGUGUCUGUUGCACUGCUUUGUAGUGUGCUAAAAAAAUAAGUGUGUCUAAGUUGUCAAUUUCUUGUUGUACAGUGUAAAAUAACUUUUGUUGUUUUGUUGUGUGACAUCAUUAUUUUGUAAUAUAAAAAUUUGGAUGUCACAGAUAUGUUGGAUAUAUUUGAUUAUUUUUACUACUUUCUCCUGGUUUCCCUACAGGGGGCGCUAGAGAAGCAGCUUCUGCAGGCUAACCCCAUCCUCUCCUUUCCCUCCUUCUCUCUCUUCCUCUCCUCUCUCCUCUCCUCCUCUCCUCUCCUCCUCUCCUCUUCUCUCUCCUCUCCUCUCCUCUCCUCUCCUCUCCUCUCCUCUCCUCUCCUCUCCUCUCCUCUCCUCUCCUCUCCUCUCCUCUCCUCUCCUCUCCUCUCCUCUCCUCCUCCUCUCCUCUCCUCUCCUCUCCUCUCCUCUCCUCUCCUCUCCUCUCCCACUCCCUCUCCUCUCCAUCUCCCUCUCCUUUCCUCCUCUCCCUCACCUCUCCUCUCCUCUCUACUCUCCUCUCCCCCUCCUCUCCCUCUCCUCUCCUCUCCUCUACAGGGGGAGCUAGAGAAGCAGCUGCUGCAGGCUAACCCCAUCCUGGAAGCCUUCGGGAACGCCAAGACCAUCAAGAACGACAACUCCUCACGAUUCGUAAUUACUCACAGUUUACACACACUUAGACACUGUUACACAAAUUAAAUUCAUUACAGUUUUUCUCAAUUGCUAAAACACUAAACCCUAUUGUCUGAACCAAAUGCUCAGUUGCCUGAACCCACUGAUUGAAUCAAUCACUCUUUUGGCAAAACCAUAAGCACUUUUCACCUGUUUAGACAUAACUUGCCAACACAUUUUCAUUGUGAUGCACCCGUGCUGCAUAAUGGUGAGCACAGGUGACAAAAGUCAAACACAAUUAGAGCACAGGUGUCACCACUUGAACACAACAACUCAAAAUGUGUGAGGGAACAUAUACAGUAAGCCAGUUCAGAGAGCACUGGUUUAUGAGGCCCUACAAUGGAUAGAAAUCUGAGAGGAAGAGUUCGUGUGAGAGGAGGUCGAGGUGGUUGAGGUGGUCAGCGAAGACAAAGAACAGUAAUAUCUGAUGAAAUCAGAGCUACUGUGAUUGACCAUGUUCUUGUCCAUGGUAUGAGCAUGAGGGAGGCUGGACAAAGGGUACAACCAAACAUCAGUAGAUUCACUGUGUCCACCAUGAUCCGAAAAUUUAGAGAAGAGAACAGGUAAUUACCUUUUUUAGAUAUUAUAGUACAGUAUGUAAAUGUUGACAGCAAUUACUGUAUGACAUACUAUAUACUGUACCACAGUAUACUGUAAGUAAAUAUAUGUUUCAGUACAUCACUGUACCAAUGUACUGUAGUAUUGUAAUGGAGGGUUGGUCUAACUGUUUGUAGGCCUAGUAUUCCAUGUAUAUUUUUUGUAACUCUAUGUUCUCUUUUUGUAGAAUUGAAAGACUGCCAUAUGGGGGUGGGAGGACAGGUAUGUUCUCCCCACACCAAGAGACCCUAAUUGUUGAUAUGGUCCGUGAGAACAAUGCCAUUAAACUGAGCGAAAUUCAGCAGAAGAUCAUUGAGGACCAUUUAAAUUUUGAGGGUAUCAACAGUGUCAGCCUCUCUACUGUUGAUCGUGUCCUCAAGCGCAACAGACUGCGCAUGAAACAGCUAUACAGAGUGCCCUUUGAUCGCAACUCAGACAGAGUCAAAGAGCAAAGAUUCCAGUAUGUAGAGGUUGGCAUAUAUCCAGACACAUUCAAUGUUGAUUACUCUAAGUAGUGAUUUACUGUAGUGGCCUAAAUCACUUUUUCCGUAUCACUUACAAAACGAUAUCUAUUUCUACAGAGGGUUUUUCAACUGGAUGCAAUGGAAAGACCCCAUCAAUACAUCUACAUGGAUGAAGCUGGGUUUAAUCUCACCAAAAGGAGAAGGAGAGGCCGUAAUGUGAUUGGCCAUCGGGCCAUUGUUGGUGUUCCUGGGCAGCGUGGUGGCAAUGUCACAUUAUGUGCUGCCAUCAGCAAUCAUGGGGUUGUCCACCAUCAUGCCAACCUGGGGCCCUACAACACUCACCAGCUCCUCAUUUUCCUCAAUCACAUGCGAGAUGCUUUGUUAGGGCAGCAGGAUGAGCAUCCCAUCUAUGUUGUUGUUUGGGACAAUGUGAGUUUUCACAGAGCCCUCCAGGUUAGAGAGUGGUACAAUAUGAACCAAGGUUUUAUCAAUCUUUGCCUUCCACCGUACUCCCCUUUCCUAAACCCCAUUGAGGAAUUCUUCUCCUCAUGGCGGUGGAAGGUAUAUGAACACCAACCUUACACCAGGGUGAAUCUCCUGCAAGCCAUGGGACUUGCCUGUGGUGACAUAGGUGUGGAGGCAUGCCAAGCCUGGAUACGGCAUGCCAGGGUUUUUUUCCCCCCGUUGCCUGGCCAGACAAAAUGUGGCCUGUGAUGUGGAUGAAGUCCUGUGGCCUGACCCAGUACGGAGACAUGAUGCUGUGGCUGAGUAAUGCACUUAUUUGUAUAUUUUUGUACUUUAUUUUUACAUGGGCUUACUGUACACAAGUGGCAAACGCAUAAGAUUUCUGUUUGUUUUUACAAGUGCUACAUGUAAAUGCACAAGAUUUCUGUUUUGUCUUUUUGUACAAGUGCUAAAUGCACAGUUUUUUUUUGUUUUGCAACAUGCAUUUAGCCUACAGUGAACAAUAAACAUUUAUUUCUCCACCUUCAUGUCCUGAGCAUUGUGUUUUCUAUUUUUCUACGUAGUGUUUAGUGACUGUUCAGUAGUGUUUUUUAUUUUGAUUGACUCGGGGCACGAUUUGACAACAUAGUUCAGUUUUGAGCACAGAUUGAACUGUUUUGAGGUGAAAGUUUGGUUUUGCAAGAAGAGUCUGAGGUUUUGUGAAUGUAGCUUGAAAAUUGGGUUUUGUGUUCACAGUUAAGAGAAAGGGAGAGCAGCUUUCAAGAAAUGUGUCUUAGCAAUCGAGAAAAACUGUAAUUCAUUAAUUCACUCUCUCCACAUUACUACUAACUUAAUUAAGGCUAUAACUAGGGCCCAGAGUCUUUCCUGGUUUGAUCACAUAGUCAGGAAAACCUCCUGGCACCAGUCCCUUGUUAUUAGAGUACAGACUGCUAUUCCUUGUUAUUAGAGUACAGACUGCUAUUCCUUGUUAUUAGAGUACAUACUGCUAUUCCUUGUUAUUAGAGUACAGACUGCUAUUCCUUGUUAUUAGAGUACAGACUGCUAUUCCUUGUUAUUAGAGUACGGACUGCUAUUCCUUGUUAUUAGAGUACAGACUGCUAUUCCUUGUUAUUAGAGUACAGACUGCUAUUCCUUGUUAUUAGAGUACAGACUGCUAUUCCUUGUUAUUAGAGUACGGACUGCUAUUCCUGUGAUAUCAUGACAUCUAUCAAGAGCUCACAUAUACAGUAUCCUCUGUAUCUCUCCUCACAGGGGAAGUUUAUUAAGCUCAACUUUGACGUGACUGGAUACAUCGUUGGAGCCAACAUCGAUACCUGUAUCCUCAUGAAACAUCAUUCUAUAAAUAUACAUACUUUGGGCUCCUCAUAGAGAUGUAUUGUAGUGUGUAUCAAAUUAAUCUUUUAGAGAUUAGAGAUUUCCCAGACACAGAUUAAGAGAUUAGAGAGAUAUUAAAACAUACAAAAGACACAGAUUUAGCCUAGUCCUGGACUAAACAACAUGUUCAAUGAAGAAUUUCUAUUUAUAUUGUAUGUGUGUCAGGGAAUCUGGCCCAAUGUAAAAUGCAGUGUCUUGUUCCUUCGCCACAGAGUUUGUCUUUAACCCUCCCCUGUCCACCAGACCUGCUAGAGAAGUCUCGCUGUAUCCGCCAAGCCAAGAUAGAGAGAGCCUUUCAUAUCUUUUACUACAUGGUGGCCGGAGCGAAGGACCAGCUAAAGGGUGAGGUGAUAGAUAGAUGGAAGGAUGGAUGGACAGACGAGGAUUGGUAGUUUCUCCUAAAUCAGGGGUGGGCAAUAAUUUUGUCUCGAGGGCCACAUCGGGAUUUAAAAAUUCUGCGGCGGGCCCACCCAUGUCCUAGAUAGUUACACUGUAUGCUCAUUUAAACUACAGGUCUGAAACUACUUUCUGUCCCUAUAUAGGAGCUGUUGCUGAAGGGUUUCAGUGCAUAUUGUUUCCUUAAAGCGGUAUACACUGAGUGUACAAAACAUUAAGAACACCUUCCUAAUAUUGAGUUGAACCCCACCCCCCCUUUUGGCCUCAGAACAGCCUCAAUUUGUCGGGGCAUGGACUCUACAAGGUAUUGAAAGCGCUUCACAUGGAUGCUGGCCCAUGUUGACUCCAAUGCUUCCCACAGUUGUGUCAAGUGGCUGGAUGUCCUUUGGGUGGUGGACCAUUCUUGAUACACACGGGAAACUGUUGAGUGUGAAAAACCCAGCAGCGUUGCAGUUCUUGACACAAACCGGUGCGCCUGGCACCUACUACCAUACCCCGUUCAAAGGCACUUAAAUAUUUUGUCUUGCCCAUUCACCCUCUGAAUAGUACACAUUUUUUUUUUUUUUUUUUUUACAUACACAAUCCAUGUCUCCAUUGUCUCAAAGCUAAAACAUCCUUCUUGAACCUGUCUCCUCCCCUUCAUCUACACUGAUUGAAGUGGAUUGAACAAGUGAUAUCAAUAAGGGAUCAUAUCUUUCACCUGGAUUCACCUGGUCAGUCUAUGUCAUGGAAAGAGCAGGUGUCCUUAAUGUUUUGUAUACUCAGUGUGUCUUAUUGCUAUUAUAAACUGGUUACCAACGUAAUUAGAGCAGUAAAAAUAAAUGUUUUGUUAUACCCGUGGUAUAAGGUCUUUGUUAGCCAAUCAGCAUCCAGGGCUCGAACCACCCAGUUUAUAAUAUUUAAUAUAUUAUUAUAAACCAGGUAGUUUGUGUCCUGGAUGCUGAUUGGCUGAAAUCCAUGGUAUAUCAGACAAUAUACCACAGUGUUUACUGUUCUGAUUAUGUUGGUAACCAGUUUAUAAUAGAAAUAAGGCACCUCGGGGGUUUGUGGUAUAUGGCCAAUAUACCACGGCUAAGGGCUGUAUCCAGGCACUCUGCAUUGCGUUGUGCAUAAGAACAGCCCUUAGCCGUGGUAUAUUGGCCAUAUACCACACCUCCACAGGCCUUAUUGCCUAAUUAUUUACUGUAUAAACCAUAAACCUCCUCCUCUCCUGUCUGUCCCUAUAUAGAGGAGCUGUUACUGGAGGGUUUCGGGGCGUACCGGUUCCUGGUGGCAGGUCAUGUGGAGGUGCCUGGUCAGGAAGAUGAUCAGAUGUUCAUAGAAACACUGGAGGCCAUGGAGAUCAUGGGUUUCUCUGAGGACGAGAGGACAGGUACUGGUGGGAGGGGGAGGGCUGUCUAUCAUUCUCUUUCUCCACCUCACUCUGUCUUUCUCUUUCUGUCUCUCUUUCUGUCUCUCUCUCUCUCUCUCUCUCUCUCUCUCUCUCUGUCUCUCUCUGGAGGAUGAGGGGAUAGGUAGGGGGAGGGCUGUCUCUCUUUCUGCUUUCUCUCUCUUCCCACUCUCCUCACCUCUCAUCCCUCGCUCCUCUCCUCUCUCUAGGCAUGAUGAAGGUGGUCUCUACUGUGCUCCAGCUGGGGAACAUUACCUUCAACAAGGAGAGGAACAAUGAGCAGGCCACCAUGCCCGACAACACAGGUGAGACAUGACAUCACCCAGGUAGUAACACAGGUGAGACAUGACAUCACACGGGUAGUAACACAGGUGAGACAUAACAUCACACAGGUAGUAACACAGGUGAGACAUGCCAUCACAAAGGUAGGAGAUACACAGGUGAGACAUGACAUCACACAGGUAGGAGCAACACAGGUGAGACAUUACAUAACACAGGUAGGAGCACAGGUAACAACAGAGUUUGUUCACAGUAACACAAGCUUGAAAAUACAGUUUAUAUUUAGCACAGAUAACAAAGAUAGGAAAGCACAGGUAAGAAAGACAACAGGUAACAUAGCACUAACACAGGUAAGAAAGACAACAGGUAACAUACCACUAACACAGGUGAGAAGACAACAGGUAACAUACCACUAACACAGGUAAGAAAGCCACAGGUAACAUGCCACUAACACAGGUGAGAAGACAACAGGUAACAUACCACUAACACAGGUGAGAAGACAACAGGUAACAUACCACUAACACAGGUAAGAAAGACAACAGGUAACAUACCACUAACACAGGUGAGAAGACAACAGGUAACAUACCACUAACACAGGUAAGAAAGCCACAGGUAACAUGCCACUAACACAGGUGAGAAGACAACAGGUAACAUACCACUAACACAGGUGAGAAGACAACAGGUAACAUACCACUAACACAGGUAAGAAAGACAACAGCUAACAUAGCUGUUAUGAUGAGUUUCUCAGGUAUCAAAGAAUCAAGGAUGCAAGGAUAUACUUAUACAUUCUGUGGAGAUUUCAUACCAAGUAUUUAUUGAAUCACGAGCUCGUGGGUUCAUCUAACAAACGGACAUGGCUUUGCCCUUCGUCAGUUGAACUAACUUAACAAAGAAGACACUCUAUCUUAUAUAGCCUUUAUUACCAUCUUCCUGGCAUACAUCUGGCAAGUCUCCAUGGGCACUCCCUGCCUUUGAUGUUCAUCACUCUUUACCCCAAGUCACUAUCCUAAACAUCACUCAUGCUAUCCUAAACAUCACUAAUCUACCUUGACAUAAUGGAAUGUAGACUUCAUGGCCCCAAACCACUCAUCUCUUAACUCUUUCACUGUCCUCACAAUACUAUGGCAUGACAUCACUAUACCAUAAAAACAUCAUAUCAAUAGCACUAACACAGGUGAGAAAGACAACAGGUAACAUACCACUAACACAGGUAAGAAAGACAACAGGUAACAUACCACUAACACAGGUGAUAAGACAACAGGUAACAUACCACUAACACAGGUGAGAAAGACAACAGGUAACAUACCACUAACACAGGUGAGAAUACAACAGGUAACAUACCACUAACACAGGUGAGAAAGACAACAGGUAACAUACCACUAACACAGGUGAGAAAGAAAACAGGUAACAUACCACUAACACAGGUGAGAAGACAACAGGUAACAUACCACUAACACAGGUAAGAAAGACAACAGGUAACAUACCACUAACACAGGUGAGAAAGACAACAGGUAACAUACCACUAACACAGAUGAGAAGACAACAGUAACAUACCACUACCACAGGUGAGAAGACAACAGGUAACAUACCACUAACACAGGUGAGAAAGACAACAGGUAACAUACCACUAACACAGGUGAGAAGACAACAGGUAACAUACCACUAAAGAACAGGUAACAUACAGUACGACAAAUCUUUCUCUCUCUCUCUCUCUUCCUUCUCUCUCUUCGUCUUCCCUCUUCUCUUCCCCUCUUCUCUUCUCUCUCUUCUGCUUUGGCCUUCUCUUCCUCUUCUCUUCUCUUCUCCUUCUCUUCUCUUCUCUUCCGCUCCCUCGUCUCUUCCUCUUCUCUCUUCUCUUCCUUCUCUUCUCUUCUCUCCCUCCCCCUCUCUCUGUCUAUCCUCCCUUCCUCCCCCUCUCUUCUCUAUCUCUCUCUCCAGCGGCUCAGAAAGUAUGCCACCUGCAGGGUAUCAACGUGACAGACUUCACCCGUGCCGUCCUCACCCCCCGCAUCAAGGUGGGCAGAGAGGUGGUACAGAAGGCUCAGACCAAGGAACAGGUACUCUUCUAUUAUGUUAUCUUCUACUCUAUUCUAUUCUACUCUAUUCUACUCUGUUCUAUUCUACUGUAUUCUACUGUAUUAUAUUCUACUCUAUUCUAUUAUACCCUAUUAUGUUCUAUUCUACUCUAUUCUAUUAUAUUCUACUAUAUUCUACUCGACUCUACUCUACUCUACUCUAUUCUAUUUUACUCUAUUAUGUUCUAUUCUAUUUUACUUUAUUAUAUUCUACUCUAUUCUACUCCACUCUAUUCUACUCCACUCUAUUCUACUCUACUCUAUUCUAUUCUACUUUACUCUAUUCUAUUCUACUAUAUUCGACUAUAUUUUCGAUCCCCGGGAUCUAAUGGCAUAUUAUUAUUAUUAUUAUAUUCUACUCUAUUCUACUAUAUUCUACUACACUACCGGUCAAAAGUUUUAGAACACCUACUCAUUCAAGGGUUUUUCUUUAUUUUUACUAUUUUCUACAUUGUACAAUAAUAGUGAAGACAUCAAAACUAUGAAAUAACACAUAUCAUGUAGUAACCAAAAAAGUGUUAAACAAAUCAAAAUAUAUUUUAUAUUUGAGAUUCUUCAAAUAGCCACCCUUUGCCUUGAUGACAGCUUUGCACACUCUUGGCAUUCUCUCAACCAGCUUCAUGAGGUAGUCACCUGGAAUGCAUUUCAAUUAACAGGUGUGCCUUCUUAAAAGUUAAUUUGUGGAAUUUCUUUCCUUCUUAAUCCGUUUGAGCCAAUCAGUUGUGUUGUGACAAGGUGGGGGGGUAUACAGAAGAUAGCCCUAUUUGGUAAAAGACCAAGUCCACAUUAUGGCAAAAACAGCUCAAAUAAGCAAAGAGAAACGACAGUCCAUCAUUACUUUAAGACAUGAAGGUCAGUCAAUAUAAAUGCUUCACAGAGUUCAAGUAACAGACACAUCUCAACAUCAACUGUUCAGAGGAGACUGUGUGACUCAGGCCUUCAUGGUCGAAUUUCUGCAAAGAAACCACUACUAAAGGACACCAAUAAGAAGAAGAGACUUGCUUGGGCCAAGAAACACGAGCAAUGGACAUUAGACCAGUGUGUCCAAAUUUGUGAUUUUUGGUUCCAACCGCCGUGUCUUUGUGAGACACGGUGUGGGUGAACGGAUGAUCUCCGCAUUUGUAUUUCCCACCGUAAAGCAUGGAGGAGGAGGUGUUAUGGUGUGGGGGUGCUUUGCUGGUGACACUGUCUGUGAUUUAUUUAGAAUUCAAGGCACACUUAAUCAGCAUGGCUACCACAGCAUUCUGCAGCGAUACGCCAUCCCAUCUGGUUUGGGCUUAGUGGGACAAUCAUUUGUUUUUCAACAGGACAAUGACCCAACACACCUCCAGGCUGUGUAAGGGCUAUUUUACCAAGAAGGAGAGUGAUGGAGUGCUGCAUCAGAUGACCUGGCCUCCACAAUCCCCUGACCUCAACCCAAUUGAGAUGGAUUGGGAUGAGUUGGACCACAGAGUGAAGGAAAAGCAGACAACAAGUGCUCAGCAUAUGUGGGAACUCCUUCAAGACUGUUGGAAAAGCAUUCCAGGUGAAGCUGGUUGAGAGAAUACCAAGAGUGUGCAAAGCUGUCAUCAAGGCAAAGGGUGGCUAUUUGAAGAAUCUCAAAUAUAAAAUAUGUUUUGAUUUGUUUAACACUUUUUUGGUUACUACAUGAUUCCAUAUUGAUGUCUUCACUAUUAUUCUACAAUGUAGAAAAUAGUAAAAAAUAAAGAAAAACCCUUGAAUGAGUAAGUGUUCUAAAACGUUUGACCUGUAGUGUAUAUUCUACUCUAUUCUGUUCUAUUCUACUUUAUUAUAUUCAACCCUAUUCUGUUCUAUUAUAUUCUACUCUAUUCUAUUCAACUCUAUUCUACUCUACUCGAUUCUACUUUAUUAAAUUAAAUUCUACUCUAUUCUAUUCUACUCUAUUCUAUUCAAACCUACUCUACUCUAUUCUACUCCAUUCUACUCUAUUGUAUUCUAAUCUAUUCUACUGUGUUCUACUCUAUUGUAUUCUACUAUAUUCUAUUAUAUUGUAUUCUACUCUUCUCUAUUCUGUUCUAUUCAACUCUAUUCCAUUCUACUCUAUACUACUCUAUUCUAUUCAACUCUACUCUAUUCUGCUCUAUUAUAUUCAACUCUACUCUAUUAUAUUAUAUUCUACUCUGUUCUACUCUAUUCUGUUCUACUCUAUUCAACUCUACUCUACUCUAUUCUAUCAUGUUCUACUCUAUUAUGUUCUAUUCAACUCUAUACUACUCUAAUUUACUCUAUUCUACUCUAUUCUAUUCUAUUCAAUUCUACUCUACGCUAUUAUAUUCUACUCUGUUCUUCUCUAUUCUGUUCUACUCUACUAUAUUAUAUUAUAUUCUAUUCUGUUCUGUUCUACUUUAUUCAACUCUACUCUACUCUGUUCUAUUCUAUUCUAUUCUACUUUAUUCUACUCUAUUCUGUUUCUAUUCAACUCUACACUUCUCUAAUCUACCCUAUUCUAUUCUACUCGGUUCUAUUCAACUAUAUUCUUCUCUUUUCUAUUCUACUCUACUCUGCUAUAUUCUAUUCUACUCUAUUUUAUUCUAUCUACGCUAUUCUGUUCUAUUCUAGUUCAUUCUAUUCUAUCCUGUUCUGUUCUAUUAUAUUCUACUGUAUUCUAUUCAACUCUACUCUAUUCAACUCUACUCUAUUCUACUGUAUUCUAUUCUAAUCUAUUCUGUUCUACUCUAUUCUGUUAUUUUCUGUUCUACUCUAUUCUACUCUAUCUAUUCUAUCCAACUCUACACUACUCUAAUCUACCAUAUUCUACUCUAUUCUAUUCUACUCUAUUCUAUUCAACCCUACUCUACUCUAUUCUACUCUAUUCUACUCUAUUGUAUUCUACUCUAUUCUACUGUGUUCUACUCUAUUGUAUUCUACUCUAUUCUAUUCUAUUGUAUUCUACUCUACUCUACUCUAUUAUGUUCUAUUCUACUCUGUUCUACUCUAUUCUACUCUACACUAUUCUACUCUACUCUACUCCAUUCUACUCUAUUCUGUUCUACUCUAUUCUAUUCUACUCUACUCUACUCUACUCUACUCUACUCUACAUUUUAGUCAUUUAGCAGACGCUCUUAUCCAGAGCGACUUACAGUUAGUGAGUGACAUUGUAAUUAUUUUUUUUUUUUUUUAUACUGGCCCCCGUGGGAAUCGAACCCACAACCCUGGCGUUGCAAACGCCAUGCUCUACCAACUGAGCUACCUACCUGCCAGCCAUUCCCUCCCCUACCCUGGACGACGCUGAGCCAAUUAUGCGCCGCCCCAUGGGUCUCCCGGUCGCGGCCGGCUACGACAGAGCCUGGAUUCGAACCAGGAUCUCUAGUGGCACAGCUAGCACUGCGAUGCAGUGCCUUAGACCACUGCGCCACUCGGGAGACUAGUCUACUCUACUCUAGUCUAGUCUAUUCUACUCUACUCUACUCUACUCUACUCUAUUCUACUCUACUAUACUCUAUUCUGUUCUACUCAAUUCUACUCUACUCUACUCUACUCUAUGUCUACUCUAAUCUAACUCUACUCUACUCUACUCUAAUCUACUCUACUCUACUCUACUCUACUCUACUCUACUCUACUCUACUCUACUCUACUCUACUCUACUCUACUCUAUUCUAUUCUACUCUACUCUUACUCUACUCUACUCUACUCUACUCUAUUCUAUUCUACUAUAUUCUAUUCUAAUCUGUUCUACUCUAUUCUACUCUACUCGACUCUAUUCUAUUCUACUCUACUCUACUCUAUUCUAUUCUACUCUACUCUACUCUACUCUAUUCUCUUCUACUCUAUUCUAUUUAACUCUACUCUAUUCUCCUCUAUUCUACUCUACUCUAUUUUACCAUCUCACUCUAACUCUAUUCUGUUCUACUAUUACUCUACUCUACUCUACUCUACUCUACUCUACUCUAUUCUACUCUACUCUACUCUAUUCAACUUUACUUUAUGCUACUCUAUUCUACUCUAUUCUACUUUAUUCAACUCUACUCUAUUCUACUCUUUUCUAUUACUCUAUUAUAUUAUAUUCAACUCUACUCUAUUCUACUCUACUCUGUUCAACUCUGCUCUACUCUAUUCAAUGAUACUUCUACAAAUAUUACUUCUUUUCUUCUAUUCUACUCCUAUUAUAUUUCUAUCAACUCUACUCCUAUGUAAUCUAUUCACUCUGUCUACUCUAUUCUACGUUAUAAUUCGACUCUAUUCUAUUCAACUCUACUCUAUUCUACUCUAGAUUCAACUUAAUUGUACAAUACCUUCCUCUCACAUGUUCAGUUAAAAGUUUAAUCUUAUUUUCUACAGAGACCUGGCAUCAUAUAAUGUAUGAAGUAUAAAUAGUUAUAGUACAUUCUUAUCUCUCUCUCUCUCUCUCUCUCUUCUCUCUCUCUCGAGCGAGUGAGGCGCGCGAGAGUAGAGCGCUCAGCGCGCGACUCGACAGAGAGCUCUGCGCGCGUAGCGCGGGUAGAGCGAGGGAGGACGAGAGGGAACACCCGAGCGAGAAGCAGAAGCGCGCGAGAGCGCCAAGCGGGCGCAAGCGGAAAAACGCGCUGGCGGCGUCGCUCGAUGAGAUCGAGAGGGCCCCAAGCGGAACAAACGAAGUUUCUGGCUCUCCCCGAAGAGCCAAGGAUCGAAGCGAUGUAUACAACGCCUCUAUAUAGAGUCUCUCUCUAUCUACCCACCCCUCCAUCUCGCCUCUCUCUCUCUCUAUAGUUGUCUCUUCUCUCUAUUCUCUCUGUCUCGGCUCUCGCUCUCUCCCUCCACUCCUCUCUCCUGUCCUCUCCCCCAGGCUGACUUUGCCAUCGAGGCCCUGGCGAAGGCCAUGUAUGAGCGGUUGUUCAGAUGGAUCCUAGCGAGGGUGAAUAAGACUCUGGAUAAGGCCAAACGUAAAGGAGCGUCAUUCCUGGGGAUUCUAGACAUCGCUGGCUUCGAAAUCUUUGAGGUGAGACUGAGGAGCAUCAUCUUUAAGUUGACAGAGAAAGGGAUUCCGUAAGCCAAUUGGUAGCUCAUGGCGCAUGCAACGCCAGGGUUGUGGGUUCGAUUCCCAUGGAGGACCAGUACGAAAAUGUAUGCACCCACUACUGUAAGUUGCUCUGGAUAAUAGCAUCUGCUAAAUUACUCAAAUUUAAACAAUUUAAAAUGGGUAGAUGUAGCGAUUCGGGAGCCCCAUCUGCCUCCCAAAAAGGACAUUUCCCCCUGUAUGUUUCCUGCUAUGAUUAUUAUUAUCCCACAACAAUAAAAGUUAGUGCCACUAAAUAGGGACUAGGUACAAUUUGGGACGAAGAGGACUGAUGUACAGUAACUGUGAAAGAGCCGUACCUCUUGUUCACAUCACUAUCCCUCUCCUUCCCUCCUCAGGAAACUACCCACGAUCCGGUUAGCUCUGUGUUAACCACUAUGUAACUUCUCCUCAGGAACUAACACGGUACUGUAGCUCUGUGUUAACCACUAUGUAACUUCUCCUCAGGAACUACCACGAUACUGUAGCUCUGUGUUAACCACAUUGUACGUUCCUCAGGCAACCACGAUACUGUAGCUUCGUGUUACCACUAUCGCACUUCUCCUAGGAACUAACCGAUACUCUAGCUCUAUGUGGUUAACCACUUUGUAACUUCUCCUCACGAACUAACACGAUACUGUAGCUCUGUGUUAACCACUAUGUAAACUUUCUCAGGAACUCCACGUACUGUGAGCUCGUGUAACCACAUGUACCUUCUCCUCUCCUAGGCCAACUGUUUGAGCAGCUGUGCAUCAACUACACCAACGAGCGUCUGCAGCAGCUGUUCAACCACACCAUGUUCAUCCUGGAGCAGGAGGAGUACAAGAGAGAGGGGAUCGACUGGGCCUUCAUAGACUUCGGCCUGGACCUGCAGCCCUGCAUAGAGCUCAUCGAGAGACCGGUAACACACACACACACACAGAGACGGAGACACACACAUGCACACAUACACACUGGACCUACAUCAAUGCACACAUGGAUGAGUGCUGGUUCCCUAAAGCUACACCCCCCCCCCCCCUUCUAGAACAACCCUCCAGGUAUCUUGGCUCUGUUAGAUGAGGAGUGCUGGUUCCCUAAAGCCACCGACCUGUCCUUCGUUGAGAAGCUGAUGAACACACACACGUCCCACUGCAAGUUCUCCAAACCCAAAUCACUCAAAGACAAGACUACCUUCUCUGUUCUCCACUACGCCGGCAGGGUGAGAUGAGAUUAUAUGUUUCUGUCAGAAGAGUUCUCCACUACGCCGGCAGGGUGAGAUGAGAUGAUAUGUAGGUGGACUACAAUGGUGCUAGCUGGCUGAUUAAGAUCAUGGCUGUGUUGAGGUUGUGGUUAUGUUGUGUUAUGGUUGUGGUUGUGUUGUGGUUGCGUUAUGGUUGUGUUAUAGGUGGACUACAACGGUGCUAGCUGACUGACUAAGAUCAUGGUUGUGUUGUGGUUGUGGUUAUGUUGUGUUAUGGUUGUGGUUGUGUUGUGGUUGCGUUAUGGUUGUGUUAUAGGUGGACUACAACGGUGCUAGCUGGCUGACUAAGAACAUGGUUGUGUUGUGGUUGUGUUCUGUUGUGGUUGUGUUGUGGUUGUGAUGUGGUUGUAUUGUGGUUGUGUUAUAGGUGGACUACAACGGGGCCAGCUGGCUGACUAAGAACAUGGUUGUGUUGUGGUUGUGUUAUAUUGUGGUUGUGUUGUGGUUGUGGUUGUGUUAUGGUUGUAUUGUGGUUAUGUUGUGGUUGUGUUGUGGUUGUAUUGUGGUUGUGUUAUGUUGUGGUUGUGUUGUGGUUGUGUUGUGGUUGUGUUAUGUUGUGGUUGUGUUAUGGUUGUAUUGUGGUGUGUUGUGGUUGUGUUGUGGUUGUGUUAUGUUAUGUUGUGGUUGUGUUAUGGGUGGACUACAAAGGGACCAGCUGGCUGACUAAGAACAUGGUUGUGUUGUGGUUGUGUUCUGUUGUGGUUGUGUUGUGGUUGUAUUGUGGUUGUGUUAUAGGUGGACUACAACGGUGCUAGCUGGCUGACUAAGAACAUGGUUGUGUUGUGGUUGUGUUCUGUCGUGGUUGUGUUGUGGUUGUGAUGUGGUUGUAUUGUGGUUGUGUUAUAGGUGGACUACAACGGGGCCAGCUGGCUGACUAAGAACAUGGUUGUGUUGUGGUUGUGUUAUGUUGUGGUUGUGUUGUGGUUGUGUUGUGGUUGUGGUUGUGUUAUGGUUGUAUUGUGGUUAUGUUGUGGUUGUGUUAUGUUGUGGUUGUGUUGUGGUUGUGUUGUGGUUAUGUUGUGGUUGUGUUAUGGUUGUAUUGUGGUUGUGUUGUGGUUGUGUUGUGGUUGUGUUAUGUUGUGGUUGUGUUAUGGGUGGACUACAACGGGACCAGCUGGCUGACUAAGAACAUGGUUGUGUUGUGGUUGUGUUCUGUUGUGGUUGUGUUGUGGUUGUAUUGUGGUUGUGUUAUAGGUGGACUACAAUGGGGCCAGCUGGCUGACUAAGAACAUGGUUGUGUUGUGGUUGUGUUCUGUUGUGGUUGUGUUGUGGUUGUAUUGUGGUUGUGUUAUAGGUGGACUACAACGGGGCCAGCUGGCUGACUAAGAACAUGGUUGUGUUGUGGUUGUGUUCUGUUGUGGUUGUGUUGUGGUUGUAUUGUGGUUGUGUUAUAGGUGGACUACAACGGGGCCAGCUGGCUGACUAAGAACAUGGACCCUCUGAAUGACAACGUGACGGCUCUCCUCAACAACUCAUCCAACCCCUUCAUACAGGACCUCUGGAAGGAUGGUGAGGCACAGGAUGCAUCCCAAAUGGCACCCUAUUCCCUAUAUGGUGCACUACUUUUGACCAGGCCCCAUAGCACUCUGGUCAAAAGUAGUGUACUAUAUAGGGAAUAGGGUUCUAUUUAGGAUGCAAGCACAGUUGGUCUACCACCCAUUCACUUUACUGUACUCCCAUCAGUAGAAAUGUGUUGGUCUACCACCCAUUCACUUUACUGUACUCCCAUCAGUAUUCUACUCUCUUUCCUUCUUGUGUGUCAUCUGUUCUUCUCCCUCCCUCUCUUUCAUCUCCUCCUCUUUCUCCCUGCCUCUCACCUGUUCCUCCUAGCCUUUCUUCUCAGAUAUCAUUAAUAAUCAUAGUUCUGUUUCCAGUGGACCGUGUGGUGGGUCUGGAGACCAUUACUAAGAUGUCAGAGAGCUCGGCCCCCAGCGCCACUAAGUCUAAGAAGGGCAUGUUCAGGACAGUGGGUCAGCUCUACAAGGAAUCCCUGGGCAAACUGAUGACCACGCUGAACAACACACAGCCCAACUUCAUACGCUGUAUCAUCCCCAACCACGAGAAGAGGGUGGGAUACUAUCGCCCACCCAAAACACCUACAGCUAUUUCUACACUUUUCAUCAAUGAAUCUCCUCUCCUUCCUCUCCAUGAGUCACCUCUGUUCUCUCCCCCCAUUCUUCCUGUGUGUGUAGGCAGGGAAGAUGGAUGCUAACCUGGUUCUGGAGCAGUUGAGGUGUAACGGGGUUCUGGAAGGGAUCCGGAUCUGCAGACAGGGCUUCCCCAACCGCAUCGUGUUCCAAGAGUUCCGACAACGGUGAGGAACGUUCUAACCCCAGCGCUAAGGAACCACGAUUGUGUCUGUGUAAUUAUCCCAUAACAACAUUUAUUCUUCCUUCUGUUUUUCAUUUCUUCUUCUUCUUCUUCUUCUUCUUCUUCUUCUUCUUCUUCUUCUUCUUCUUCUUCUUCUUCUUCUUCUUCUUGUAGCUAUGAGAUCCUAGCAGCCAACUGCAUCCCUAAGGGUUUCAUGGACGGGAAACAGGCUUGUCAACUAAUGGUGAUUUCAUAUUACUGAAACGUCUGAGUUGAUCUUACUGAAACAGUCACUGAGCCUAAAAAACUUUUGGCACAUUUUAACCUGCACUUUUAGAAAACCUAAAGUUGAGCAAUGAACUAAAUACGACAAAUGUUCCUACCUUAGUUAUGGAUAAGUAAAGAUGUAUUCUGAAGGGACCUUUGUUUUGAAAGGUGUCAUGAUAAAGGUGUUAUUGAAUGCUGCUCUCACUUCCUCUGUAGAUGAAACACCUAGACCUGGAUCCUAAUCUGUUCCGUAUCGGUCAGAGUAAGAUGUUCUUCAGAACAGGAGUGUUAGCCCAGCUGGAGGAGGAGAGGGACAUUAAACUGACUGUGGUCAUCAUUGCCUUCCAGGCCCACGCUAGGAGCUUCCUCGCACGCAAGUUAGUGGAACAGUGUUGCUUCCAGCCUGGGCUCCAACCAGGGACCCUCUGAACACAUCAGCACAUUUUUCAGCCAUGAAGUAGCGUUACCAGUCGCGCCCACUAAAGCACGAUAGCAGACACUCUGAUGUGUGUUCUCUCCACAGAGCGUUUAGCAAGCGUCAGGCCCAGCUGACUGCUAUGAAGGUGAUUCAGAGGAACUGUGCCGUCUACCUGGUCCUGAAGAACUGGCAGUGGUGGAGACUCUUCACCAAGGUACACAUUCACACACACACAGGUGUUUGAUUUCGGACUGGGUUCUGCUACAUCCAUCACUUUUUGAGUAUAUCAUAGUUUUGAUUGGUUGAUUUGUUUUGAUAUUAUCUCUUAUGUAAACUUUGAUUGGUCGUCCCGCAGGUGAAGCCCCUCCUCCAGGUGACGCGACAGGAAGAGGAAAUGGGUCAGAAGGAGGAGGAGCUGAAGUCUGCCAAGGAUCUGGCUCAGAAGAGCCAGGCGGAACUGAAGGAGAUCUCCCAGAAACACACACAGGUGAGAUGGGGAGACAUACACACACACAUUUACAUUUACAUAAUUUAGCAGACGCUCUUAUCCAGAGCGACUUACAAAUUGGUGCAUUCAACUUAUGAUAGCCAGUGGGACAACCACUUUUUUUUUUUUUUUUUUUUUUUUUUAUAGGGGGGGGGGGGGUGGAGAAGGAUUACUUUAUACUAUUCCAGGUAUUCCUUAAAGAGGUAGGGUUUCAAGUGUCUCCGGAAGGUGGUCAGUAACUCCGCUGUCCUGGCGUCGUGGGUGAGCUUGUUCCACCAUUGGGUGCCAGAGCAGCAAAUAGCUUUGACUGGGGCUGAGCGGGAAUGUGCUUCCGCUUAGAGGUAGGGGGAGCUAGCAGACACCACACACACACAGAGGUUGUGAGGCAGAGGCACCAACCACACGGUGAGACGCACGCACAUACACACACAUGCACACACUCUCUCUCUGUGCUCUCUGUGUGUUGUUUGUAUCUACUGUAGUUGGUAGAGGAGUGGACUAAGCUCCAGGAGAAGCUUUAGGCAGAGACAGGGCUGUACGUGGAGGCAGAGAUGAUGAGGUUAACCACACACAAAACUCAGGUCGUAUCUUACUAUAAUGUGAGAGAGGGAGGAGGGGAGAGAGAGUAAGAGAGAGAGACGAGAGAGGGAGAGAAAGAGAGAGAGAGAGAGGGAGAGAACGAGCGAGAGAGAGAGAGAGAGAGAGAGAGAUGGAGAGGAGAAAGAAGGGGAGAGCAGUAGGAGAGAGAGAGGAGAGAUUAAGAGAGAGAGAGAGAGAGAAAGAGAGGGAGAAGAGAGAGAGAGGAAAGAGGAGAGAGGCGGAAAGAGGAGAGAGCGAGAGGGAGCGCAGAGAGAGCGGUAGAGAAGGAGAGAGAGCGGGAGAGAGAGAGCGGAGAAGGAGAGAGAGCGAGGGAGAGAAAAGAGAGAGAGAGAGGGAGAGAAGGGAGAGAGAGGAGAGAAGGAGAGCAGAGGGAGAGGAAGGAGAGAGAAGUGGGAGAGAAGGGAGAGAGAUGAGGGAGAGAAGAGGAGAGACAUUUGACUCUCUUUCGAUCAUGCUUAUGGCUGGUCAGCUAAUGCGCUCUAUAUUAUCUCUAGCCCUAUCUCUAUAUCGCUCUAUCUCUCUCUCUCUCUCUCUCUCUCUCUAGGUAGUAGAGGAGCGAGCUAAACUGGAGCAGAAGCUUCAGGCGGAGACAGAGUUAUAUGCUGAGGCAGAGGAGAUGAGGGUUCGUCUGGAGGCCAAGAAGCAGGAGCUGGAGGAGGUGCUCCAUGAGAUGGAGGUGCGGCUGGAGGAGGAGGAGGAGAGAGCCACACAGCUGCAGCAGGAGAGGAAAGACAUGCAGCAGCAACUACAGGUGGGCAGAUCCAAAAUAGACACCGAGCGAUUACCUUUUCAACUAUGGUAUAUCAGUGAUGAGACAAAAUAAUUUCAAUCCCUUUCAGAGACUUUGGCAUGAAAUGUAUAAAAUGCUAAUAUCGAUAUUACCGGGUACAUUGACUUCCAUUGGUUUUUGAUUAGAAAAUGCUGAAGUUAGUGGAUGGUGGAUUGACUGCACUCUGUCCUUAUCCAUAGACUGGUAUAAAUGGAAGGCCCUGUUGUGGGUCAUGUGACCCUGUUGUGGGUCAUGUGGAGGUCCUGUUGUGGGUCAGGUGGAGGCCCUGUUGUGGGUCAUGUGACCCUGUUGUGGGUCAUGUGGAGGCCCUGUUGUGGGUCAGGUGGAAGCCCUGUUGUGGGUCAGGUGGAGGCCCUGUUGUGGGUCAGGUGGAGGUCCUGUUGUGGUUCAUGUGGAGGCCCUGUUGUGGGUCAUGUGGAGGCCCUGUUGUGGGUCAUGUAGAAGCCCUGUUGUGGGUCAUGUGGAGGCCCUGUUGUGGGUCAUGUGGAGGCCCUGUUGUGGGUCAUGUGAAGUGACAAAGACCAUGUGGGUUGAAACAUUGUGAUUGUAUUAUCUUUAUUAAAACAUAAAUUUUGGGAACAGAAAACACACACACACAAACACUCACAAACUCUUCUCCUAUUUCUCUCGCCUCCCUCCCUCCCCCUCUCUCCCUCGUUUCUCUUCCUCUCUCCAUCCCUUUCUUCCCUGUGUAUAUUAGGCCAUGGAGGCCCAGCUGUCGGAGGAAGAGGACUCUCGUCAGAAGUUGCAGCUGGAGAAGGUGACUGUUGAGGGGAAGGUCAAGAAACUGGAGGAGGAUGUUCUCAUCAUGGAAGACCAGAAUAACAAACUACUCAAGGUACAUUUUUCUCCACCCCUGUGCCAAUAAACACCAUUCACCCAUCCAUCCACCCAUCCAUCUUCCUCCCUGCUCUCCUGUUCCUCAGGACCGUAAGAUGUUGGAGGAGCAUGUAGCACUCAGUCCCUGACCCCUCACCUCUGACCUCUGAUUAACCUUUCUCCCUGCUGUGUGUUGUUCUUCAGGAGUGUAAGCUGUUGGAGGAGAGCGUAGCAAACAGUCCCUGACCCCUCACCUCUGAACCCUGACCUUUCUCUCUUUUAUCCGUUGUUGAUCAGGAGCGUAAGCUGUUGGAGGAGAGAGUAGCAGACUCCUGCUCUAACCUGGCUGAGGAAGAGGAGAAGUCUAAGAACCUGACCAAGCUGAAGAACAAACACGAGUCUAUGAUCUCAGACCUGGAGGGUGAGUUACUCACCUUUGAUCUCUAACCCCUGACCCCUCACUCCUGGCAUCAAUCAAUCAGUCAGUCAGUCAGUAAUCAAUCAAUUAUGGUCUUCAAUUUAGACCUUAAUUGGUUGAAUCUGGUGUGUUAGAACUGGGAUAAAGCUGAACAAAGCUUACUCACCCUCCAAGAAUCCAUUAGUCUACCUCUGCUAUAGACGAUUAUGAUGAUGAUGACGAUUCCUCUCCCUUUUCCUCCUCCUCCUCUUCCUCCUCUUCCUCAGUGCGUAUGAAGAAGGAGGAGAAGGGCAGGCAGGAUGUAGAGAAGGCCAAGAGGAAGAUGGAGACGGAACUGUCUGAUCUCCAGGAGCAGCUGGCCGACCUGCAGGCCCAGAUAGCCGAGCUCAGAGCACAGCUCGCCACCAAGGAGGAGGAGCUACUGGCCACACAGGCCAGGUAAUCAAUCCCAGAUCAUCAGCGAUGAACUAUCUUCAAUCAGCAUCUUUAUUGUCCAGGAACAUAUAAACACACUAGUUCAAAAGAGUUGACAGAUUCGGUACAUUGACAAUCUUAAUCAUUAUUAGGCAUAUAUAAGAUGUAUAUCUUAUAUAUAACAUAUCUAUUACACAGAAAAUAGCUCUUAUUUCUCAUGCUCUAAAUCUCUCUCUGUCAGGUUGGAGGAGGAGUCUGCUGGUUGUGUUGCGGCGGUGCGGCGUGUCAGGGAACUGGAGGGGCUGUUAGGUGAGAUCAUCUCAUCUAAGUACCAAGGGAGAGAGGGUGUCCCAAAAGGCACCCAUAAGGGUCAGCAGCCCAAAAGGCACCCAUAAUGGUCAGAAGCCCAAAAGGCACCUAUAAGGGUCAGAAGCCCAAAAGGCACCCAUAAGGGUCAGCAGCCCAAAAGGCACCCAUAAGGGUCAGAAGCCCAAAAGGCACCCAUAAGGGUCAGAAGUAGCAGGUUGACGUUUAUUGGGAUGAGUCUUCUGAGUGAUUUCCACUAGAUGAGCCAGCUGCAAAGUCUAAAUUGUCUAUAUUGUAAAAUUUCCUGAAAACAAAAUGAGCUUUUUGGUCUUAAUUUAAGCUUAGUGUUAGAGGCAUUAGGGUUAGCAGUGUGGUUAAGGUUAGGGUUAAGAUUAGUUUUAGGUUUAAAAUCAGAUGUUAUUACUGUGGCUGUGCCAGCUAGUGACCACUCUGCAGAGCUGCCUCCAGAACAAGAUUAAUGAGGAAGAACGCUAACCUGCUCAAAAGUAGUGCACUAUAUAGGGAAUAGGGUGACAUGUGGGUUCUGGUUAUAAGUGUGUGUGUGUGUGUGUGUGUGUGUGUGUGUGUGUGUGUGGUAAAUAGGUGAGAUCCAGGAGGACCUGGAGUCAGAGGGGGCUGCCAGGAGGAAGGCUGAUGCAGCCUGUAGAGACCUGGAGAGGAGCUGAACGCUCUGAGGUCUGAGCUGGAAGACACACUGGAUACCACCGCCGUACAGCAGGAGCUAAGGUACGGUUUCAAUUGAGACACACACACACACACACUGGACACCACCUCUGCAACAGCAGGAGCUAAGGUACGGUUUCAAUUGAGACACACACACACACACACACACACACACACACACACACACACACCACUGGACACCACCUCUGCAACAGCAGGAGCUAAGGUACGGUUUCAAUUGAGACACACACACACACACACACACUUCACACUUGACACCACCGCUGCAACAGCAGGAACUAAGGUACGGUUUCAAUUGGGACACACCACACACACACACACUGGACACCACCUCUGCAACAGGAGGAGCUAAGGUACGGUUUCAAUUGACACACACACACACACACACACACACACACACACACACUGGACACCACCGCUGCAACAGCAGGAACUACGGUACGGUUCCAAUUGGGACACACACAGACACACACAGACACACACUGAUGGUUGCUGUGCGUUGCUGUCUCCAGGGCGAAGCGAGAGCAGGAGGUAGCCAUGUUGAAGAAGGUGAUGGAGGAGGAAGGGAGGAACCAUGAAGCACAGGUUCAAGAGAUGAGACAGAAACACACACAGACUGUUGAGGAACUGUCUGAACAUCUGGAGCAGGCCAAGAGGGUAACACACACACCUGCCGCCUGCAUGGGAACGCACACGCACACACACGCACACACACACACACACACGCACACACACGCACACACACACACACACACACACACACGCACAUGCACACAUAUGGACAAAGUAAACACCCUCCUUUCUCUCCUCACUCCCUCACACCCUCCCUUCUCUCCCCACUCCUCACCACCCCUCCCUUCUCAGUCCCCACUCCCUCACACCCUCCCUUCUCCUCCCCUCCCCACGUAUGCUCCACCCCUCCCUUCUCUCUCCCCCUCCCCUCACACCGCUCCCCUUCUCUCCUCACCCCUCACCACACCCUCCCUUCUCUCGUCCCCCCUCGCCUCCCCCUCCCCCCUCCCUUCUCUCCCCACUCCCUCACACCCUCCCUUCUCUCCCCACUCCCUCACACCCUCCCUUCUCGCCUCCCACUCCUCACACCCUCCCUCCUCCCUCUUCCUGCUCCUCACCUCUCACCCUCCCCCUCCCUCUCCCCCCACUCCCUCACACCCUCCCUUCUUUCCUCACUCCCUCACACCCUCCCUUCUCUCCUCACUCCCUCACCCACCCUCCCUUCUCUCCCCAGGUGCGAGCCAGUCUGGAGAAGGCUAAGCAGGGAUUGGAGAAGGAGUCAUCUGACCUCAGCGCAGACCUCCACUUCAUUGGCCAACGCCAAGCAGGAAGUGGAGCACAAGAAGAAGAAGGUCGAAGGUCAGCUGUCAGACUUGCAGUCGCGCUACAACGACAGUGAGAGACAGAGGGGGGAGCUGGAGAACGAGUCUCUAAGAUGACCGUGAGUAGCGUACAUUGGCUACAGAUGUAGGAUCUUAAUUUGAACCAGUUUGCUACAGCAGGAAAAUAAUCCUGCAACAUCAGGAAAUUAGAAUUAUUAUGUGGAUUAUAAUUAAUGGUCAUUUUUGUAGGGGUUGAUACAUUUUUUGUAAGGGAAAAUCAAGUCUGAAAUUUCAAAGUGGAAAUUACAAACUUCAGAAGCCUUUUUAAACCUCAAAUACACUACACAUUUUAAAUGUCCUGCAUUGCAGAAAAGUUAUCCUAUAACAAGGUGAUCAGAUUAAGAUCCUACAUCUGUACCUCACACAUCAGCUGAAAGACACAGUCAGAUGAAAAUAAUAAAACCUUAAACACGAGCAGGGGAUUGUCCUAGUACAACUGUCAUCUAUUUAUUGGUGACACAUCUGUGAACAUUAACAACAACCCAGAAAUACAACUGUCAUUCAACACUGUGGCGUCUGCUUACCCUGAUGUGACCAGGUAAGUUGACUGAGAACAUAACUAUUCUCGUUAACAGCAACGACCUGGGGAGAGGGGAUGAAUGAGCCAAUUGGUGUAUUUUAUUUACAGGAUGACAGACAGCUUCUUUCCUCUUCUUCUUUCCUCUUCUCUCAUCCCUCUGUUCCAGUCUGAGUUGUCUCCUCCCUCUGUUCCAGUCUGUGUUGUCUCAUCUCUCUGUUCCAGUCUGAGUUGUCUCAUCCCUCUGUUCCAGUCUGAGUUGUCUCCUCCCUCUGUUCCAGUCUGAGUUGUCUCCUCCCUCUGUUCCAGUCUGAGUUGUCUCCUCCCUCUGUUCCAGUCUGAGUUGUCUCCUCCCUCUGUUCCAGUCUGAGUUGUCUCCUCCCUCUGUUCCAGUCUGAGUUGUCUCCUCCCCCUCUGUUCCAGUCCUGAGUUGUCUCAUCUCUCUGUUCCAGUCUGAUUGUCUCAUCUCGCUGUUCCAGUCUGAGUUGUCUCCUCCCUCUGUUCCAGUCUGAGUUGUCUCCUCCCUCUGUUCCAGUCUGAGUUGUCUCAUCUCUCUGUUCCAGUCUGAGUUGUCUCAUCCCUCUGUUCCAGUCUGAGUUGUCUCAUCCCUCUGUUCCAGUCUGAGUUGUCUCCUCCCUCUGUUCCAGUCUGAGUUGUCUCAUCCCUCUGUUCCAGUCUGAGUUGUCUCCUCCCUCUGUUCCAGUCUGAGUUGUCUCCUCCCUCUGUUCCAGUCUGAGUUGUCUCAUCCCUCUGUUCCAGUCUGAGAUGUCUCAUCUCUCUGUUCCAGUCUGAGUUGGACAGUGUGAGCAGUCUGCUGAAUGAAGUGGAGGGGAAGAACAUUAAACUGAGUAAAGACGUGACCAGUCUGGGGACCCAGCUACAGGACUCUCAGGUGAGACUUAGACCUACAGAACUCUCAGGUGAGACUUAGACCUACAGGACUAACAGGUGAGACUUAGACCUAUAGGACUAACAGGUGAGACUUAGACAUAUAGGACUCUCAGGUGAGACUUAGACCUACAGCACUAACAGGUGAGACUUAGACCUACAGGACUAACAGGUGAGACUUAGAACUAUAGGACUCUCAGGUGAGACUUAGACCUACAGCACUAACAGGUGAGACCUAGACCUACAGGACUAACAGGUGAGACUUAGACCUAUAGGACUAACAGGUGAGACUUAGACCUACAGGACUAACAUGUGAGACUUAGACCUACAGGACUAACAGGUGAGACUUAGACCUACAGGACUAACAGGUGAGACUUAGACCUAUUUGACUCUCAGGUGAGACUUAGACCUACAGGACUAACAAGUGAGACUUAGACCUACAGGACUAAGAGGUUAGACUUAGACCUACAGGACUAACAGGUGAGACUUAGACCUACAGGACUAACAGGUGAGACUUAGACCUACAGGACUAACAGGUGAGACUUAGACCUACAGGACUAACAGGUGAGACUUAGACCUAUUUGACUCUCAGGUGAGACUUAGACCUACAGGACUAACAAGUGAGACUUAGACCUACAGGACUAACAGGUUAGACUUAGACCUACAGGACUACCAGGUGAGACUUAGACCUACAGGACUAACAGGUGAGACUUAGACCUACAGGGCUAACAGGUGAGACUUAGACCUACAGGACUAACAGGUGAGACUUAGACCUAUAGGACUCUCAGGUGAGACUUAGACCUAUAGGACUAACAGGUGAGACCUAGACCUACAGGACUAACAGGUGAGACUUAGACCUACAGGACUAACAGGUGAGACUUAGACCUACAGGACUAACAGGUGAGACUUAGACCUAUAGGACUCUCAGGUGAGACUUAGACCUACACGACUAACAUGUGAGACUUAGACCUACAGGACUAACAGGUGAGACUUAGACCUACAGGACUAACAGGUGAGACUUAGACCUAUAGGACUCAUCAGGUGAGACUUAGACCUACAGGACUAACAGGUGAGACUUAGACCUACAGGACUAACAGGUGAGACUUAGACCUACAGGACUAACAUUUACAUGCAGGUAAUUUACUUAGACCUACAGGACUAACAGGUGAGACAUAGACCUACAGAACUAACAGGUGAGACUUAGACCUAUAGGACUCUCAGGUGAGACUUAGACCUACAGGACUAACAGAUGAGACUUAGACCUACAGGACUAACAGGUGAGACUUAGACCUGUAGGACUAACAGAUGAGACUCAGACCUACAGCACUAACAGGUGAGACUUAGACCUACAGGACUAACAGGUGAGACUUAGACCUAUAGGACUAACAGGUGAGACUUAGACCUACAGGACUAACAGGUGAGACUUAGACCUACAGGACUAACAGGUGAGACUUAGACCUACAGGACUAACAGGUGAGACUUAGACCUACGUGCUAACAGGUGAGACUUAGACCUACAGGACUAACAGGUGAGACUUAGACCUAUAGGACUCUCAGGUGAGACUUAGACCUACAGGACUAACAGGUGAGACUUAGACCUACAGGACUAGCAGGUGAGACUUAGACCUACAGGACUAACAGGUGAGACAGACCUACAGGACUAACAGGUGAGACUUAGACCUAUAGGACUCUCAGGUGAGACUUAGACCUACACGACUAACAUGUGAGACUUAGACCUACAGGACAACGGUGAGACUUAGACCUACAGGACUAACAGGUGAGACUUAGACCUAUAGGACUCUCAGGUGAGACUUAGACCUACAGGACUAACAGGUGAGACUUAGACCUACAGGACUAACAGGUGAGACUUAGACCUACAGGACUAACAUUUACAUGCAGGUAAUGUACUUAGACCUACAGGACUAACAGGUGAGACAUAGAGCUACAGGACUAACAGGUGAGACUUAGACCUACAGGACUAACAGGUGAGACUUAGACCUACAGGACUAACAGGUGAGACUUAGACCUACAGGACUAACAGGUGAGACUUAGACCUACAUGGGCUCUCUGUCUUACUUCACAGAACAACUGGUAGGGGAAACAUUGAACAAAUAUAGGAUGUUCAGCUGACAGGAAAACCUUCUCAGAGCGAUAGAUAAACAGAUAUUAUUUCUCGGUUGUCCCUCCUGUCUAAUACUUUGUUUUCUAAGUAAUAUAUGUUGGUGCCUUUGAGGCUAAAGUGAACUACAUCACACUACCACAACAUGUUUAUGUUCAUCUGUAUCCCUCUCUCCCUCUCUUCCUAUCUCCCUCUCUCACUCUCCUCCUCUCUCCCUCUCUCCCUCUCUCCCUCUCCCUCCUCUCUCCCUCUCCUCCUCCCUCUCUCCCUCUCUCCCCCUCUCUCCCCCUCUCCUCCCUCUCCCUCUCUCCCUCUCUCCUUCUCUCCCUCUCUCCCUCUCUCCCCCUCUAGGAGUUGUUGGCAGAGGAGACUCGUCAGAAGCUGAACCUAUCAGGUCGUCUACGCCAGACAGAGGAUGACAGGAACAACCUUCUAGAACAGCUGGAGGAAGAGACAGAGGCCAAGAGAGGGGUGGAGAGACAGGCCUCCAACCUCAACAUGCAGGUCAGUGGGGAGGGAGGGAGCGUGAGAGAGAGAGAGAGAGAGAGAGAGAGAGAGAGAGAGAGAGAGAGAGAGAGAGAGAGAGGAGUAGAGAGAGAGAGAGAAGAGAUAGAGAGCGCUCUUUCUCUCUCUCAUCGCGCUCUCGCUCUCUCUCUUCGCCUCUCUCUCUUCUCAUCUCUCUCCUCCUAUCUCUCUUCCGCUUUUCCCCAUUCUCCUCCUCUUCAGUUGUCUGACUGUAAGAAACGUCUGGAUGAGCAGCAGGGGACAGUGGAACUGCUGGAGGACGGGAAGAAACGCCUGCAGAGAGACCUGGAGGCUGCCAACUCACAGUACGAGGAUUAGACAUAUAUAAUAUAUACUGUAUAUAAUAGUUAUAUAUUUGUAAUAAACAUAUGUAGGAUCUUAAUUUUAUCACUCAAUUUUUUGCUGAGAAUGUUCUUGCACCUCAGGAAAUGCAGAUGAGCUUCGUGAUUUAAAUACAUUCACUGAAAACUGGCAUUAACACACUUUUUUUGGCUAGGUAAUAGCAACAUUAUGGACUUUAAAAACAUUCAAAUCCUGUUGCUGCAAGAUUAUUUUACUGCAACAAUACUGGUCAAAUGAAGAUCCUACAUCUGUAUAGCCAUAUAUAAUAUAUAUACACUGCUCAAAAAAAUAAAGGGAACACUAAAAUAACACAUCCUAGAUCUGAAUGAAUGAAAUAAUCUUAUUAAAUACUGUUUUCAUUACAUAGUUGAAUGUGCUGACAACAAAAUCACACAAAAAUUAUCAAUGGAAAUCAAAUGUAUCAACCCAUGGAGGUCUGGAUUUGGAGUCACCCUCAAAAUUAAAGUGGAAAACCACACUACAGGCUGAUCCAACUUUGAUGUAAUGUCAAAAUGAGGCUCAGUAGUGUGUGUGGCCUCCACGUGCCUGUAUGACCUCCCAACAACACCUGGGCAUGCUCCUGAUGAGGUGGCGGAUGGUCUCCUGAGGGAUCUCCUCCCAGACCUGGACUAAAGCAUCCGCCAACUCCUGGACAGUCUGUGGUGCAACAUGGCGUUGGUAAAUGGAGCGAGACAUGAUGUCCCAGAUGUGCUCAAUUGGAUUCAGGUCUGGGGAACGGGCGGGCCAGUCCAUAGCAUCAAUGCCUUCCUCUUGCAGGAACUGCUGACACACUCCAGCCACAUGAGGUCUAGCAUUGUCUUGCAUUAGGAGGAACCCAGGGUCAACCGCACCAGCAUAUGGUCUCACAAGGGGUCUGAGGAUCUCAUCUUGGUACCUAAUGGCAGUCAGGCUACCUCUGGCGAGCACAUGGAGGGCUGUGCGGCCCCCCAAAGAAAUGCCACCCCACACCAUGACUGACCCACCGCCAAACCGGUCAUGCUGGAGGAUGAUGCAGGCAACAGAACGUUCUCCACGGCGUCUCCAGACUCUGUCACGUCUGUCACGUGCUCAGUGUGAACCUGCUUUCAUCUGUGAAGAGCACAGGGCGCCAGUGGCGAAUUUGCCAAUCUUGGUGUUCUCUGGCAAAUGCCAAACGUCCUGCACGGUGUUGGGCUGUAAGCACAACCCCCACCUGUGGACGUCGGGCCCUCAUACCACCCUCAUGGAGUCUGUUUCUGACCGUUUGAGCAGACACAUGCACAUUUGUGGCCUGCUGGAGGUCAUUUUGCAGGGCUCUGGCAGUGCUCCUCCUGCUCCUCCUUGCACAAAGGCGGAGGUAGCAGUUCUGCUGCUGGGUUGUUAACCUCCUAUGGCCUCCUCCACGUCUCCUGAUGUACUGGCCUGUCUCCUGGUAGCGCCUCCAUGCUCUGGACACUACGCUGACAGACACAGCAAACCUUCUUGCCACAGCUCGCAUUGAUGUGCCAUCCUGGAUGAGCUGCACUACCUGAGUCACUUGUGUGGGUUGUAGACUCCGUCUCAUGCUACCACUAGAGUGAAAGCACUGCCAGCAUUCAAAAGUGACCAAAACAUCUGUCAGGAAGCAUAGGAACUGAGAAGUGGUCUGUGGUCACCACCUGCAAAACCAGUCCUUUAUUGGGGGUGUCUUGCUAAUUGCCUAUAAUUUCCACCUGUUGUCUAUUCCAUUUGCACAACAGCAUGUGAAAUGUAUUGUCAAUCAGUGUUGCUUCCUAAGUUGACAGUUUGAUUUCACAGAAGUGUGAUUGACUUGGAGUUACAUUGUGUUGUUUAAGUGUUCCCUUUAUUUUUUUGAGCAGUGUAUAUAACUAACCAUAUGUAACUAUAUGUUCCUCCUUCAUGGUGUGGUUGUAGGUACGAGGAGAAGGCGUGUGCCUAUGAUAAACUGGAGAAGAACAGGAUCAGACUACAGCAGGAACUGGAGGACAUUCUGAUGGACCUGGACAACCAGAGAACCUUGGUCUCCAACCUGGAGAAGAAACAGAGGAAGUUUGAC